CAUCGCUAGGCCCUGUCUGUCUGUCUGCUCUUGCAGGUUUGCUGUCGCCAUGCCUGUGAAUCACCUGCACCCCCUCCCCAUCGAGCAGUCCCUCCAGCUGGACACACAGGCUACAAAAUACUGCUCACACUGUUCAUCGCCUUUCAACGCAGACGCCGUCUUCAUCCUCGACGACCACGACCCAAACCUCGUCUGUGGUGCAUGUCGUCUCAGAAUCCUCUCGGGGCGCUCAGAGAACCUGUCCGACCUCCAUGUCGACCGGACUUCUCCGAUAGACGGUCUGACUACCGUCGACUCCCUCUUUGAAGAUGAUAUCCAACUCAGCUCGUCCCUUUCUUCCGCCAUCGACUCUUCCAUCUCAAUACCAGCCCAUCGCGUAUGUCAACCCACCACUAUUCCUUCGCUGUCCGUUGCAUCGAGGAGGCCUCAACGCCUCUCUAUCCCUCCUACAUUCACCGCCAUCACUCGUCCCUCUUCCUCUUCUGCGCAGUCCUACUACACCCAAGAGUCUCCGCCGGAUCCCUCCAUCGAUAUCACUCGUCUGCGAGUCCGUUCUCAGACUUACCACUGCCUCUAUCCCGGCGCGACCUUCUCCGGCACCCAAAAGAGUGGUCGGAACAGCUACGACGUCACCGUAACCAUCGUUGACGUCGAUCUGUCGUCUUCGUUCCUGUGCGGGUACCUCUGCAUCCGCGGGUUGACAGAAGACUGGCCAGAAUUGACCACGUAUUUCGACGCAGAGAUCAUAGGCAACCGCCAUGGUUUUCUAACACAGAAGUGGGGUGCCACUGAGCAGGAUGACAUGACACACUGGCCGCGGUUCCCUGCCUUCCGCCAUGUCAGAAACGAACUCAAACGGCCUCGUUUGACAAUGCCCGAUCGCGACCGUGGUGCCAUUUUCAUGCGAUGGAAAGAGAGGUUUUUGAUACCUGACCACAAAGUACAUGACAUCAGCGGUGCAAGUUUCGCCGGCUUUUACUACGUUUGCGUGGAGUUCAAUCCACAGUCCCCUGCGCCCAAUCUACGUCCUGCCGUGGUCAACGAAAGCAGUGAGACUGCCAUGGCGACGUCGCCGCCCCCCGGACGUCGUCGGCGGGACUCAAGUGUGCGGAGAGCCGGCCGUGGAUCAUCCGUUGGUCCACGUUGCCCGCCACCGGCUGCCACGAUGAACGGAUUUUACUACCACCAGAAAUCGGAACCAUACCAACAACUAUCUCUCAGCCACGUUCCGGAGAUGUUCAGUUCGACGUUUGAGUUCCGCUGAAUCUGGACCGGGGCCGUGAUGAGCUAGUGUAGGCGAGGUAAUAAUAACGACGGUAAUAUGUUACGCAAGUGGGGGACGAGAUGUACGAGUAACGGACGUGUGUACCCCCGCCCAUAUGUGUACUUUAUGCGAUCCUUGCCGACGAGUGGUUUUUUUGAGUUGUUAUGACCGUGUGUGCGCAGC